AUGAAUUCAACCAUCACAGCCUGGGGAAACGAAACCACAACCACAACAGCGAACGGCAGUGCUGAGGCCAGGCCUUGUGACAAGCAUACCCCGACCAUGCACCUGCUGAUCAUCGUCGUUUCCCUGGUCGGGCUGGCAGGAAACGCGGUGGUGCUCUGGCUGCUGGGCUUCCGCAUGCGCAGGAGCGCCUUCUCCGUCUACAUCCUCCACCUGGCGGCGGCUGACUUCCUCUACCUCUGCUUCCGAAUUAUACAUUCCCUAAGGAAAUUCAUCGGCUUUUUCCGUCAUGCUUCUGUCUCCCUCCCUGGGAUCUUUAAUGCUAUUAUAAUUUUUCCCUACAUCAUGGGCCUGAGCAUCCUCACCACCAUCAGCAUCGAACGCUGCCUGUCUGUCCUGUGCCCCAUCUGGUACCGCUGCCACCGCCCCAAUCACUUGUCAACUGUCAUGUGUGCCCUGCUCUGGGCCCUGUCCCUGCUACUGAGUGUCCUUGAAGGAAACCAGUGUGGCUUCCUGUUUGGGAAUUAUGACAAUGAUUGGUGUCAAAUUGUAGACUUCAUCGCUGCAGGGUGGCUGAUUUUUUUAUGUAUGGUUCUGUGUGGAUCCAACCUGGCCCUGCUGGUCAAGAUCUUCUGUAGGUCCCGGCGUAUGCUACUGACCAGGCUGUAUGUGACCAUCCUGCUCACAGUGCUGGUCUUCCUCCUCUGUGGCCUGCCUAUAGGCCUCUUCUGGUUUCUGUUGUCUUGGAUUGAAAAUGAUUUUUACCCAUUCUCUUGUCAUUUGUAUCGUGUUGCAUCUGUUGUGAACUCUGUUAACAGCUGUGCCAACCCCAUCAUCUACUUCUUCGUUGGCUCCUUUAGGCAGCGGAGGGGCAAGACCCUCAAGCUCGUUCUCCAGAGGGCUCUGCAGGACAGUCCGGAGGUGGAUGAAUGUGAAGGCAGCCUUUCUCAGAAUACCCUGGAGCUGUCGGUAAGCGGGCGGGGGAAGUGA